AUGAAGAACAUCGUUGCUUCUAUGUUUGUUGUAGCGUUUGUGUAUGCAGAGCUGCCACCAAACAGUUACCUCCCGCCUCCACCAAGUAAUCGCAACGGAGCAGGCUAUCCUCAUGGACCAUCAUCAGCUCUCAGUCAGAACUUCGCUCCUCAGGUAGUCGCCGCUCGUACCCUGGAAGGUGCUCAAAGCCCUCGCACUGGUCCAGUACAUGGCGCUCACAUUCCUCAAUCCAAUCCAUUUGGAAGGUCCAACCACGCUUCACUAUCCCAAAAUCAAGCUGCUGGAAACUAUGCUGCUUCAAGGUUCGCUAACGAAGAAUCCGGCUACGAUUCGAAUGCCGCCAACUUUGCCAGGAAUGCUAUCGAAGAAAGAAAUUCAGAACCAGCGAACUAUAACUUCGGGUAUGUGGUGAACGAUUUUCAAGAGGGAACCGACUUCGGCCACCAUGAGGAGCGUCAAGAGAAGAAGGCUCAAGGAGAGUACCAUGUCGUGUUGCCUGAUGGUAGAAAACAGACAGUAAGUUACGAAGCCGAUGAGCGUGGUUUCAAGCCCCAAAUCUCCUACGAGGACUCCGAAGACCUGGCCCGUUCAUCAGGCUAUGACAGCAACGCCAACAAUGUCCGCAACGGAGGCAACCACGACGGCCAUUUUGGCAAAAAUGGCGGCCAUGACACUUUCGGCUCUCGCUCAAACAGCUACUGA